GAGCCUGCUCUAGCUUGACGCAGCCGCAGAUGGCAGUACUUAUAACGUGUGAGGGUCUCGUUAAAGCGGAGUUCCGCUGCCUCCACACACUUCAGAGAGCGCCGCUCAUCCGCGCUGCAGUCAUCACCCUGAACCCGUUCUGAGUCUCCCUCGGAGUGACGAUGGCAGACAGCUCGCACUGUUUCUACUGUCGGGAGGACCUCGGGGGGAAGAAGUUCGUCCGCAACGAAGGCAAGCCGGUGUGCGUUCGCUGCCAUACCAAGUUCUGCGCCAACUCCUGCACCGAGUGUCAUCGACCCAUCCCUCUGGAAUCAAAGGAACUCAGCCAUAAGGGCCGGUACUGGCAUGAGGAGUGUUUCCGUUGUGUGAAGUGUUACAAGCCUCUGGCCAGGGAGCCCUUCAGCACCAAGGAUGACCGCAUCAUGUGUGGGAAGUGCUGCUCCAGAGAGGAUGCUCCACGCUGCCAUGGCUGCUAUAAACAAAUACUUGCUGGCACAGAGAGCGUGGAGUACAAAGGGAACUCAUGGCACGAUGAGUGUUUCACCUGUUGCAACUGUAAACGACCAAUAGGAUCGCAGAGUUUCCUCUCCAAAGGAGAUGACAUUUACUGCAACCCCUGCUAUGACAAGAAGUUUGCCAAACAAUGCGUCAGCUGCAAAAAGCCAAUAACCUCUGGAGGAGUGAACUACCAGGACCAGCCGUGGCACAGCCACUGCUUUGUGUGCAGCUCCUGCUCAAAGCCUCUGGCAGGGUCGAGUUUCACCAACCACCAGGACCAGGUCUUCUGCGUCGACUGCUACAAGAACUCUGUGGCAAAGAAAUGCAGCGGCUGCCAAAACCCCAUCACAGGUUUUGGUAAAGGAGUGAACGUGGUGAACUAUGAGGGCAGCUCCUGGCAUGAAUACUGCUUCAACUGUAAGAGAUGCUCCCUCAGUCUGUCCAACAAGCCUUUCAUAGCCAACGGGAGAGACAUCCUCUGCGCAGACUGUGGCAACAAGUAGAGAUGGGAGAGCUUGGUCACCAUCUAACAGCGGUUUAUAUAGUCAUUCUGUUUUUUUUUUGUUUUUUUUUGCUUCUUUUUAAAUAAAGUCUCCAUUUAAAUAUUCUGUUCCAUAUUUGCUAAGUUUUUGGGAGAUUAGCCACAAAGUGAUGGAAACACUGGGACCAAAAUGUAAUUUGUGUCCACUGCUGAUUGUUUGCUCUGAUGCUGCAUGCUAACACUAAAUGGCAGUGACUCGCUUUGUCCUAAAAGUUAAAAAUGAGAAGCUCGAAAGAUAAUUAGUAUGUAGCUAAGUCUGGCAGUUUCCUGUAGAAGGCUGUUAAUAAAAAUGUGGCAUAAAAUGUGAUACUAAAACACAUACAAACAAUGUAACAGUGUUUUGAAACAACUUUUCCUGUUUAUAUGUGAACACGGUCAGCUAAAGUAAAUGAGAUAAAUUCAGCAGAUGAAUGCAUUACUUACCUGAAAUACUAAAAGUAGAUCUAAACUGAGGUAAUGAUGUUGUAUAUGAUUCUACAAGUCAUGUAAAAUAUUUUCAAGGGUCACGUUUUCUUACUCAAGACAAUGCUAACACAGAUUCUUUUAUGAGCUGAUGGUUGUGAGAGUUGUCACUUUCAUUCAACACAGUGUAUGCUAAGUGUUAGCAUAAAGCUAGAGGACACCAUGUAUUUUCUAAAGUUAAGAAAUCGCUGCUUGUAUGUUGCAGUUAGGUGACAUAAUUUUGAAAUAAAUAUGUGAAUUCUGAUUCGUUCUGUUUUAGUAAUUUUCCAUCUUCUUUUAACACAUCAGUAACUGCUUUUUUAAGUGGCAUUAAUGUUGUUUUUCUAUAUUUGAAAGCUGAUACUGUCAUAUGACCAAAAAAAAGUGAUUUUGUUUAAAUAACCAAAAUGAUAUCUAUAUUUGUAACUGCUAUUUGCCAUGGGAUUAGUAUGCUUAUUGUAUGUUUUAAGUAAAUAAACUUUUAUGCACUUUUCUUAACCAUUUGCCCUCCAAGAAUAGAGGACAUUUAAAUAUCAAAUUGGAAUAUAUGCAAACUGCUUACCUUGAUGUGUUGCUAAAAUGAAAUAAACUUUCUACAAAACUGA